CAGCGCCCUCACUAGCCAACUAUGAUGCUGUGGCACUUAACUAAAUAGUUAGUUAGAAUUACACCUUUUUAAGACAAGGUUUCUUGUGACAACUUUUUUUAUUUUCCAUUUCGAGCUUUUUGGCAUCCGUUGGUUUGCUAUUUUCGCGCAAAUACCUAUCUUUCCAGCUCCCUCCAGCUCUUCUCUAGCUUCUUUUUCACUCUUUACUAUUUACUAUAUUUACGAUGGCGCCAAAGAAAAAGAAGACCAAGCCCACGGCCAAUCCGGCCCGAGGAUUCGCUACGACGUCGAUCGCCUCGAAACCACGGGCGGAAAUCACCAACGAACCGGUGCCAACCGCUACUGAUAAAGGGAAGCUUGAUGCCCCUCCAACAUCGUCAUCUCGCAAUACAAAUACCCCACCAUCUAUUUCUAAUCCCACCGAUGCAACGAAUAAUUCCCAAAAGAAAGAAGAAAUAACUCCAGAAGAAUUUGAGAGGCGGCUAGAAGAGUCAGAGCUACAGCUUCUAGUUGAAAAACAUGCCCAAAAAGUCAAGAGAGACGCUCAGCGUCAGAAGAACAGGCUCGAGACUGAUCGUCGCUUACUUCGCGGACAAGCCGAAUCCCUAAAUACGAGAAAAUGGUUACCCCAGGAGCUUAUGGACCAUAUAUUGGAUUUAAUCCAGGCCGAGAGUCGUUUUGGCACAUCAUCCAUCGCCGGAGAGACAACUAUCAAUAGUAGUAAUGCUAGCAAUGGAAAGCUGUCUUCGGAAGAAGACAUGGUGAUUCGGUUAUGGACCCUGCAGCAGACCCUGAUCAGCCUUGGGUUUUCUGAAGAGAAGAUCAAAGCUUUGCUGCAGUAUGUGCUGGAUAUCGCUUCUAGUAUCAACGGUACAAGCAAGGACAGCAUCUGGGGCCUGGAAGAAGCUCUGGACUGGCUAGCUCGCGAAUGCACCCGGGAAGAGCUUCGUGAUUAUGACUACAGAGGAAGAACUGCCAAAUCGCAGGUAGAUACACCAUUAGACAGCCCCAUCCCCUCGGGGGCGAGCACGCCCCGUCUCCUGGACAUCAACGGUGCACAGAAACCCAAGAAGGGUUCGGCGAGUUCUAAAAUGGCUGCUCCUAAGAAAGUUAUUGUCUGUCACGAGGAUAUCGAACCUGAUGAUUUAAUUCCAGCAUACCUCGAGACUAAGGCCAAACUAUUUCAGUUGCAAAGACCGAAACAAGACCUCAUAAAAGGCAAGUCUACUAAAAAGUCUACUUCGAAUGGUACGAAGAAUGCGCCCACCGAACUAUCAGGCGAUGAUUUAGAGGAAGCCAAACUACUAGCGAAAAUCGACAAGAUCGAGCAGGACGUCUUGUUCGACAAGUUCGCCGCAGAACAGCAGUGGCGAACUAAUCGAAUCGAAUUGGAGAAGGAGUUCGCAGCCAAGAAGAAACAAGCCGAGGAGGAAGCAAAGGAAAAGGAAGAUAUAGCUCAGGAGGCACAGUCUGACGAUGACGAUAUUGCUAAAGAAGCUGAGCGCAUUGCUGCCGAAAUAUUGCAGCAAGAUGACGACGAGGACGAUCAAGCUCUUUCUGAUCUAUUCGCAAGUCUCCCUACUCAAGAGACCGAUGCAUUGACGGGCAAGACCAGUACCGUCAUUAAUGGAGCGGAUGGAGUCAAGAUCACUAUUCGUGAUUUUGGCAAGUGGACUGGCAUUAACCCAACGCGGGUUUUGGAAGAAGCUUGCCGAUCAAGGGAUUCUGCUGUCAAGAUCAUAUAUAAGGCUGUAUCAGAGACUGCAUACUCUAAGCGUCACUUAAUAUAUAUACAAUGGUCCAAAUCACAAGAACUUAUCACCGUUCCUAACUUUCCAUCCAUAGAGAGUGCCAUAACACCUCAGCAAUUCGUCUUCCAAAUGAAUACAGUCGCAACUCCCGAUACCAAGCAGUCCGAGGCAUAUAUCGCUACGUUGGCACUUUUUGUCAUAUUUGGAUUUACAAAAGAGGAAAAGGUCUUCCUAAGACUACCCGCUGUAUGGAGAGAGUUCUGGUCGGAACUCGCAGAGGAAAAGAAGAAUCAGACGGAUGCUGCGGAUCGAGCUGCUAUCAGAGACAUUCGCGUCAUAGUUCGAGAGAAACAGGAUCAAGAACUCGAGGAUGGCGUCCUUCUUCGAGGUGCUUUUAGGGGGCGCGCCUCCCAACGCAAUACAAAUGAAACAGGAGACGAGUCUGCAAUCGAUAGAGGGAACGCGAAUGCGUUGGAUCCAGAAUAUUACCAAAAGAUAUGGGCUGAUAAGUCAAGCACGUCCAGGUUUCAAUCGAUGCUGCGAUUUCGAAUGCAACUCCCUAUGUGGCAUUUUAGGGAUCAAGUCAUCAGCGCUGUCGAGCGUGAGCAAGUCGUCAUUGUUUGCGGAGAGACAGGAUGUGGUAAGAGUACUCAGGUGCCAUCAUUCCUUUUGGAACAUCAGUUAUCUCAAGGCCGACCGUGCAAAAUAUACUGCACAGAACCUCGACGAAUAUCGGCCAUCUCGUUAGCUCGUCGUGUUAGUGAAGAGCUAGGUGAAGGAAGGGGUGACAUCGGCACUUCAAGAUCCCUCGUGGGAUACUCCAUCCGUCUCGAGGCCAAUACGUCAAAGGAGACCAGGCUUGUAUAUGCCACUACCGGUAUUGUGAUGAGGAUGCUUGAGGGAUCCAACGAACUUCGCGAAAUCACCCACCUUGUGCUUGACGAAGUUCAUGAGCGCUCAAUCGAUUCCGAUUUCCUGCUCAUUGUGCUCAAAAAGCUCCUUCUACGUAGAAAGGACCUCAAGGUAAUCCUCAUGUCAGCGACUGUGGAUGCAGAAAGGUUUUCCAACUACCUAGGCCGUGCCCCCGUCCUAAAUGUACCCGGCCGUACAUUCCCGGUGGAGGUCAAGUACUUGGAGGACGCCCUUGAGCUUACCGGCUACGUUCCUAGUCAAAUCAGCCACGAGAAAAUGACAGACUUGGACGAUGAUCCAGCUGAAAUAGAUGCCACGGAUUCCAGCUCGACCACGGUUGCUGCUAAAGAGUUGCGGCAAUACUCGGCCAGAACCCGGAAUACCCUAUCACAAUUAGAUGAGUAUCAGAUCGACUACGAUCUUAUUGUGCAAUUGAUCGGGCGAAUAUCUGUUGAUCCAGCCUAUCAGGAUUAUAGUAAAGCAAUUUUGGUAUUUCUUCCGGGUAUUGCUGAAAUCAGGACAUUGAACGACUCCCUACUUGGCGAGCCAUUUUUUCAGAGAGCUUGGGAGAUCUACCCCUUGCAUUCCACUAUAGCUACUGAGGAUCAGGAGCACGCCUUCCUUGUGCCACCGGAAGGAGUGAGGAAGAUUGUGCUGGCUACAAACAUUGCAGAGACGGGAAUUACCAUUCCAGAUGUGACGUGCGUCAUCGAUACCGGAAAACAUCGCGAAAUGAGAUUUGAUGAGAGGAGGCAGCUGUCGCGCCUCAUCGACACAUUCAUCUCAAGAGCGAAUGCUAAACAGCGACGCGGUCGUGCCGGCCGUGUUCAAAAUGGCCUCUGCUUUCACCUGUUUACGAAAUAUCGCCACGACCAACUUAUGAGCGAUCAGCAGACGCCAGAGAUGUUACGGUUAUCAUUACAGGACCUCGCAAUCCGUGUCAAGAUCUGCAAAAUUGGCGGCAUCGAAGAGACUCUGGGAGAAGCACUUGAUGCGCCGUCUGCCAAGAACAUGCGUCGAGCUAUCGAUGCUCUUAUUGACGUGCGAGCUCUUACGAACACGGAAGAGCUGACUCCAUUAGGCCACCAACUUGCAAGACUACCUCUUGACGUGUUCCUAGGAAAGUUGAUUCUCCAAGGCACGAUUUUCAAGUGCCUGGACAUGGCCAUAACCGUAGCAGCAAUUCUGUCAUCCAAAUCACCCUUUACGGCACCGUUUGGUCAAAGGAGUCAGGCGGAUCAGGCGCGAAAGGCUUUCAAGAGGGGCGACUCGGAUCUAUUGACUGUAUACAACGCUUACUUAGGCUGGAAGAAAGUGUGUCAGACAUCCAACGGUGAUUUCCAAUACUGCAAAAAGAACUUCUUAUCCCAACAGACACUCUCCAACAUCGAAGACCUCAAGGGCCAGCUCCUCGUCGCUCUUGCAGAUUCGGGCUUCCUACAGCUCACGGAAGAGGAACGACGCACGCUCCACCGCCUCCGGUACUCUAAUCGGCGACGGCAGUUCUAUGAUUUGCCCCAGCGCGUCAAUAUCAAUAGCGACAAUGAUAUAAUCGCAACAUCGGUUAUCGCAUGGAGUUUCUAUCCGAAACUUCUUGUACGCGAGGGUAAGGGCUUCCGCAAUGUCGGAAAUAACCAGACCAUCAGCCUACAUCCGUCAAGCGUCAACAAGGGGCGCAUGGAACUCAAGUGGCUGUCAUAUUACCAUAUUAUGCAGUCCAAACAGUUCUUAAAUGCCCACGAGACCACGGCCGCCGAGAACUUUGCCAUCGCCUUGCUGUGCGGUGACGUGCGCGUCGAUAUGUAUGCAGGCGUCAUCGUUCUUGAUGGCAACCGCGCGCGGUUCAGCGUACCGGACUGGAAGACGAUGCUUGUGAUUAAGGCCCUACGUUCGAGGCUACGCGACCUGCUCACGCGGUCCUUCCGAAUGCCUGGCAAGUUACCUACUGCGCAACAGGAGAAAUGGCUUGACUCCUGGCAGCGUGUCUUCAGCCAGGACUUUGCAGCAAACAAGGCUUAGGAUACCUUAGCUGUACACUCACAAGCCUGGAACCCCAGGUAUCGUGCUACUAAGGUUUGAUGGGGUGAAUACGUACCUGGGUAGGUACGCAAUAAGUUCAGGGGUAAAAAGGAGAGUGGCUUUCACAAGAGCAAGAGCCUCACGACGCAUUAUGUGGGAUAACUUGGUCCGUUGGAAUAAGUUGCUAGAGUGCUGUCUUGGCUACUUCCAUGAGGUUCGAAUACCGGGGCGUUGGCGGUAACUGAUUUACAGAUGGCGGCAACCUUUAGCAUCGCUAUGAGGAGAGGAUAGAGAUGGACGAGAGUCGAAAGGUAUCGCCUUUGUCUAUACCACAUAUAUUUGCUACCAACCUACGCAUACCCUGAUCCCCACCGGAUAGCUAUAAAAAAAACACCCACUUCACACGUCACAAUUCAUAUCUAUGAAGACAAGUGAUAACAAACCCCAGGAUUUUUGGCUACGCUUCUUCUGAAAAUAAAGGAUCGAAGACGGAUGGUUAGGAACUACUUAGCAGGUCAGCUACUCACAUAACGAGCAAAUAGACCAAUAGAUAUGCAUAUUCAAGUAUCUACAUCCAUAUUAGCCCCCUGAAAUGCAAAUAUAGGUGUACCUACAUAUAUACCUAACCUAGAUAUUUACA